AUGUCCCCAAGCAACUCAAAAAAGAAUCCACCGGGCCAUGGCCGACGACGCAUCAAAUGCACUCACCCCAAGUGCGGAAGUUACGGCCAUUUUACCAGCCAGUGCUGGGUCGCCAACCCAAAGCUCCGCCCUUGGGGCAAGCCCAGUCGAGGGACUGAUGGAGCAUGGGACCUUCCAGCCGAUGAGUCGAACCAAGUCCCAAAUGAGAACCUCAACCCGAUGCAUAACUGGGAGGCAGUGAGCAAUACAUUGCCCGGACAAACUUCAUCCCCUCCAUAUAUCCCUUUCCCACUCUUUCAGCUCCCACAAGAAAUCCAGGACAAAAUCUACGAACACGUCUACGACGAGAAGCAUGGAGUACGAGUAUUCAUGUCUGAAAUUGUGGGGACACGUUGGGGUUUGGAAUAUCUAGCAAAAGGGGGUUCUGAGGUGGUCGUCCGCGGCUAUGACUACGAGAGUGUGGCAUAUGUUAGCAAAAAGGUUCGGGAGGACUCUCACAGAACACGACAGAAAUCAUUCAAUGGUCGAAUGACAAUCUUCUGGGACAAGGAAUAUGAAGCGGAUGCAUUCAAAAAGGUCUGCGGUCCCAAGUUCGCAGCAAUCCGGAAUCGAAUCAUGGCGCUUUCCCUCUGCGGCUUGUCUCACAGAAGCGUUGGGCAUGGGUUCGACGCGGUGUGGAGGAUGCUGCCGGCAUUCUUCCCUCGCGUCAACAACAUCAUGAUCUACUACGAUGCGUACCGAUACAUCGUUCCGGACCCGUCCCCGCGAAUCAGGGACGACGGGUGGCUGGGCAACAAGGAGUUGUUCGACGCGGGUGAAAUGGAUAGCGAGUUCACAUGGACUGGCCGAAUCCUCGAGAUGGAUAGCCUGGUCCGCUAUAUGGCGGAUGCCGCACAUCCCUGCAAAAUCCACCUGAACACCGCCAUUCAUUGGUUCAAUGACACCUUCAACCGCAUAAUUGUGCUCUCUCAGUACGUCAAAUUUCGUCCCACGAUGGAUGGCCUAGAUGUUGUCGAGAGAGUCUGGGAUGGUGCUUGA